CCAACAAUCAUAUUCAUUGUUUAAUUAUUGAAAGCAUUUUAGCGAAGAAGAUUGCAGCCAUGUUUCCCUCUUUAGAGACCUUGAUUCUCUUCUUAACACCAUUUUUCCUUUUGAUGAUUUUAAUCCAUAUCAAAUGGAUAUCAUCGCAUUCGAAUACCACCAAAAACUUACCACCAUCUGUACGAAGGUUUCCGAUCAUCGGAAACCUACACCAACUAGGCUCAGCCCCUCACCGUUCUCUGAGGACAUUAGCCCAGAAACAUGGUCCGCUAGUGUUGAUUCAUUUAGGCAGCGUGCCUGUGGUUCUAGCUUCCUCCGCUGAGGCAGCCCAAGAAAUCAUGAAAACCCAUGAUCUAAUAUUCUCAAACAGACCCGAUAUGGGUAUUCUCAAUAGAUUGACUUACAAUGCUAAAAACGUAGGAUUUGCAGGUUAUGGAGAAUAUUGGAGGCAGGCAAAAAGUCUUCAUGUCCUCCACCUCCUAAGUGCAAAAAGAGUUGACUUGUUCCAACAUGUCCGAGAAGACGAGAUAGCUCUUAUGAUCAAUAUGAUUGGAAACAACAGUGAUUCUGUGAUCGACUUAAGCAAGAUUAUUGUUUCGCUUACGAGUGAUAUCAUCUGUCGGAUAGCUUUGGGACGGAAAUAUGACAAGAAGUUUACAGACUUGACAACGAGGUUAAUGGAGAUGUUGGGUGUGUUUAGCGUUGGUAGCUAUAUUCCAUAUCUUUCGGUGGUGGAUCGUUUAAUUGGUUUGGAAGCAAGAGCAGAUAAACUUGCGAAAGAAUUUGAUGUGUUUCUGGAGGGUGUAAUCGAAGAACACUCGGAUAGAAAUAUAAGAAUGGUUAGUGGUGGUGGAAGGCAAGAUGUGGUUGACAUCUUAUUAGAAAUUCAAAGAGAACAAACCACCGACUUUCUUGUUCAUAGAGAUACCAUUAAAGCUUUAAUCUUGGAAAUGUUUGUUGCUGGGACGGAUACUACAUUCACAACUCUCGAGUGGGCAAUCUCUGAGCUAAUAAGACAUCCAAGAGCAAUGAAAAGACUCUUACAAGAACUAAGAGAAAUAGCCCAACAAAAACCUAGAAUCACAGAGGAAGAUCUAGAGAACACACAACACCCAUACUUAGAAGCUGUACUGAAAGAGAGCAUGCGAUUGCAUACUCCACUUCCACUACUUGUUCCUCGAGAAUCAACACAAGAUGUCAAACUUAUGGGCUAUGACAUUGCAACUGGAACUCGGGUGAUGAUUAAUGCAUGGGCGAUAUCAAGAGAUCCUAAUAUAUGGGAAGAACCAGAAGAGUUUAUGCCAGAAAGAUUCUUGAAUAGUAGCAUUGACUACAAAGGUCUUGACUUUGAACUUCUUCCCUUUGGUGGGGGCAGAAGAAAGUGCCCUGGUAUUCAUUUUGCUAUGGCUAUUAACAAGCUUGCUUUAGCAAAUUUAGUGUACAAGUUUGACUUCAAAGUGCCAAAUGAAGGGAAAGUGGAAGAAUUAGACAUGAGUGAGUCUAGUGGGCUUACAGUCCAUAGGAAGUACCCUUUGCUUGUUAUACCAAAUACUCGUUUUUAGAUUUUAUUCUAAGGUUGAUGCCACAUCGAUCUAAGGUAGUAGGGUACCUUGGAAAACAUUUGUUUGAUAAUCCCUAAAUUUUAUAGCUUGUACCUAUUGUUUUUAGUUGUCAAAAUAUGUCUAUGUAUAUGAAUGUUUAUCUGUGCUUGAA